GGGCUGUUCGUGCGAGGCAGCGAGGUGGCUGGCGGGGUGGGGGGCGGCACCUCGCGCAAGGUGCCCGUGCUGCUGGAGGUUGGGGCCGAUGUCGAGGAUGAGGCAGCCGAUGCAGACACAACUGGCAUUGGCGGCGGUGACGGCGGCAGAGAUGGCGCCGCAUCUCGUCAAAACCAAACGGGAGGGCCCUCGGGCGACGCCGCCGCCGCCUCCAGUGAUGAGGGCAGCAAUCAAGUAAAGGGGAGCUUCCUUUCGCAGCUCCGGGGUGUCUUCGGGGGCGGCGCGAAUAAAGGAGGCCAUAACCUCGUGCCACCAACCUUGCCGCUGCCGUCAAUGGCCGAGCUCGACGCCCAAGCAGAGGCGGCAGGGGCCGCUGCCGCCACAGGAUCGGACGGCGCCGCUGGGUCAAGGCCUGCAUCCGCUUUGGGAACGGGUGCAGGCGCGGGAGUGCCGGUUGCUGCUAGUGUUAGGAACGGCGGCGGAGGCGCCGCCGGCAGUUGUGGCGCCGGCGUUGGCGAGGACGAGGCCCCAGGAGGCAAUGAGGAGGGUGCUUUGGAAAGCGGACCGCGUACGGGCGCCAGGUUGUGGCAGUACGGCAGCGGCGGUGGCAGCGACGCUGAUGCUGCCUCACCUGGCGAUGGCGCCUCCGCCAAGGCAAGCAGCUUGCCGCCCAUCUUUGGCCACGCCACCGGGUUAGGCGGCCCGCCGCGGGACGCCGCGGUGUUGAGUGGGGACAUUGGUGAGGACUUGGAGGCUGGAGGUGCCGCACCUGGCGGCAGCAAGCGUGCCGUACCUUUCAAACGUCCCGGCGGUAGCCUGAGCGGCGACAUGGACGAUGACGUACAUGGCGGUACGGCAGGUAGAGGUAAGAGCGGUAUGGCAGCCACCCAGCGUGCUGUGGGGUGGAAGCAUGGCGCUGACGGCGACGGCGGCGACAUCGAUGACGAAGAGUCGGCGGCGGCGGCGGCGCUAACCCAGGCUGAUCGUGAUAAACGAGGCAUGCACUUCAACCGCCCUGGCGGCGGUCACGACGGCGAGGUUGACGACGAGGCUAGUAACGCUGCAGCGGCAGCUGGCGGCGCCGCUGCUGCAGGGGCAGCUGGUCACGCCAGGGACUUCAAAUACGCUGGCGACGGCCUGGGUGGAGGGAUGGCGGAGGAAGACGCGGCGGCGGCAGUAGCCCAAGGCGGCGGCGCCGCCGCCGGCCGGCGUGGCAUGCACUUCAACCGCCCUGGCGGUGGUCACGACGGCGAGGUUGACGACGAGGCUAGUAACGCUGCAGCGGCAGCUGGCGGCGCCGCUGCUGCAGGGGCAGCUGGUCACGCCAGGGACUUCAAAUACGCUGGCGACGGCCUGGGUGGAGGGAUGGCGGAGGAAGACGCGGCGGCGGCAGCAGCCCAAGGCGGCGGCGCCGCCGCCGGCCGGCGUGGCAUGCACUUCAACCGCCCUGGCGGUGGUCACGACGGCGAGGUUGACGACGAGGCUAGUAACGCUGCAGCGGCAGCUGGCGGCGCCGCUGCUGCAGGGGCAGCUGGUCACGCCAGGGACUUCAAAUACGCUGGCGACGGCCUGGGUGGAGGGAUGGCGGAGGAAGACGCGGCGGCGGCAGUAGCCCAAGGCGGCCGCGCCGCCGCCGGCCGGCGUGGCAUGCACUUCAACCGCCCUGGCGGUGGUCACGACGGCGAGGUUGACGACGAGGCUAGUAACGCUGCAGCGGCAGCUGGCGGCGCCGCUGCUGCAGGGGCAGCUGGUCACGCCAGGGACUUCAAAUACGCUGGCGACGGCCUGGGUGGAGGGAUGGCGGAGGAAGACGCGGCGGCGGCAGCAGCCCAAGGCGGCGGCGCCGCCGCCGGCCGGCGUGGCAUGCACUUCAACCGCCCUGGCGGUGGUCACGACGGCGAGGUUGACGACGAGGCUAGUAACGCUGCAGCGGCAGCUGGCGGCGCCGCUGCUGCAGGGGCAGCUGGUCACGCCAGGGACUUCAAAUACGCUGGCGACGGCCUGGGUGGAGGGAUGGCGGAGGAAGACGCGGCGGCGGCAGUAGCCCAAGGCGGCCGCGCCGCCGCCGGCCGGCGUGGCAUGCACUUCAACCGCCCUGGCGGUGGUCACGACGGCGAGGUUGACGACGAGGCUAGUAACGCUGCAGCGGCAGCUGGCGGCGCCGCUGCUGCAGGGGCAGCUGGUCACGCCAGGGACUUCAAAUACGCUGGCGACGGCCUGGGUGGAGGGAUGGCGGAGGAAGACGCGGCGGCGGCAGUAGCCCAAGGCGGCCGCGCCGCCGCCGGCCGGCGUGGCAUGCACUUUAACCGCCCUGGCGGUGGUCACGACGGCGAGGUUGACGACGAAGGCUCUGCCGCGGCGGAGGAAGCUCCAUCCAGGACCGCCGCGGCUGGCGGCGCCCGCAGCCGGCAGUUCCACCGGCUGGGUGACGCGAACAAUGGAGGCCUGCAGGAGGAGGAGGCGAGGGCAGAGGCGGCGCCGGAGCUUUCCCCGGCUGGCCGAACACCGCUGCCACCCCAGAUCCGGGGCUUUCAGAGACCCGACAAGGGCGGCCAGCAAGGCGCAUUCGACGCAGAGGCUGCCGCCGCCCAGGCCGCUGCUGCUGCGGGGGCGGUGGCAGCGGGUGCUUCCGGCAAGCAGGCGCGGCAGCUCAAGUUCGCAGGCGGCCUUGACAAUACCGAAGGGGAUCUGGAGGAGGAGCAGGGCCCCGCGGGGCAGCCGGGGGCCGCACCGGCAGCGGGAAAGGGGGCUGGAGGUAACCGCAAUGUACGGCAGUUCAAGCACGCGGAGGGCACGUACGGCGCCGACGAAGACCUGAGUGAGGACGAGCUGCCGUCGGAGGGCGACCCACGGGGCACUCUGCCUGCAAACGCCACUGAGGAGGAGCGGCGUCAGUUCAUGAUGCGCUACACCAACCGCGGCCCAACCUACGGAGAUGACAAGAUCGGCGCAGUGGACCUGGUGCGGCUGCAGAGGGAGCACCUCAGGCGCGCGCAACUGACCCGCACAAGCAAGGCAUGGCAGUCGCAGGAGCCCAGGAAAGCCGGGGGUCCGGAAGGGGGACCGGGAGCAAGCAGGAGGCAGUGAGUUGUGGAGUUGUGGAUUGCUAGAAGCUCGUUGUUCGUGAUGGCUCCUAGGAGUGGCUAUUGUAAAGUGGUUGUACUUCAUGUAAACAAUAUUAACGCGUGUCGUGAUCAUACACGAUUGUAACGCGUGCGGUUACAACUGGAAGGGAGGGCAGAGUUGGAUUGUUGAUGGCUUUACUGUGUCGUACAUUACAACGCCCGCAACGCAAUGGGCGUGUGCAGUUGGCAGCUGCCGGGUUGCAGGUCGCCCGGGCUUGCAGUGUUGGCGGGUUGGGGGUCAGUGCUGGGUGCGGGCGAGCGACGAGGGAAGGAAGGGUGUAUAUAUUGGGUUGCGGGGGUACCGGUACUGAUUUCCAUUGCAGCUGUUUGCAGAGCCACCUCGUUUCCCUGCGCUUAGCAAACCGCUUUAGUUGUGGGUCUGGGAUCCACGAGGUGUAGUGCAUUGCUACGCCCGAUAGGUCGCUACUCCCCAACAGCCGGUAUGUGUUUUGACCUGUUGGCGUGCACCAUGCCACUGUCGGCGUCGUGACGUGUGUGACGAUUGAUGAUAUGGUACGACCGACUUCCAGUCCUUGGGAAACAGGGCUGGCCCGUUGGGGUGUGGCAGGUUGGUCUUACCUGGCACCAUGACGUACCGUGCAUGCAUGACCGUAUUGCCCCCGAUGAGGGUGAAAAUGCACCGAUGUUACCAGGCUAAUGUCGUUCAUUAUACCGGUAGGUCCCAUCGCUUCAAGAUACAUCAUGUAGUACUAGUCCAGUGCCGUAUCAUAGCUUGCACAUGGCGGACACACGUAGUUGGAGGCUGUUGGUGGCUUAGUUCGGAGUGGAGCCAGGGCGUAAGGACCGUUCCUGUUUCCUGUGUACAUGGGCCGUGCUCGCCGCGAUGCUGGUAGGGUUAACACUCACAUCACCCAGCUGCAUGCUGAACACAACCGUGCGCGAACCGCACCACCCCGCAUCCCACCUGUUGUUGCCACAUGUGUGAGUCUUAGCAGAAGCCGCCGC